CGGCGUUUAUUUAUGGCGAAAAUCCGAAAAAAAACCAAAACAAUGUUUACGAGUGUGUGCUGGAGAGCAGUGUGGAUGGAUGUGGCCAAAAGUCAUCGUCGUCUGUUCGACCACUCCAUUCAUCCAUCCAUUCAUGGAUGCUAUGAUGGUUGCUCCCCAUUUAGUAGCUUCAGUUUCUUUAUAAAAACCUUAAAUUUUCAAAAUUUGCAUUACAGUUUAAGUGUGGAUACGGAACUGAAAACAGCAAGCGAAUAAAUUAACAAAAACAAAACUUAUAAAACGAAAAAUUCAAUUCUCAAAAAAAUGAAAGCUUUAUGCCUGAUUUUAGUGUCAACCUUGGUGGCAUUGACCUACGGUUAUUCGGCCAUGCCUCGCUAUUAUGAAGACAUGAUUGCAGCCAACAAUAAAGAAGUCUUCAAAAGGCAAGCUCAUCCCCGUCAAUAUUCUCAAAGUUCAUCGUCAGCCUAUGGCUCGGGGGAAAAAGAUGCCCAAAUCUUGCGCAGUGAUUCUCAUAUGUCGGAUGAUGGCAGUUAUUACUACGAAUUUGAGACCUCCAAUGGCAUAAAGCAGGCCGAACAGGGAGCUUCCGAUGGUUCGGUGCAAGGCUCUAGCUCUUACAUAUCUCCCGAGGGCAUUGAGAUUAAGACCACUUAUGUAGCCGAUGAAACUGGUUAUCAUCCCGUUGGUGAUCAUAUUCCCAAGAUUCCCGACUACAUUUUACGUUCCCUGGAGUAUAUACGCAAUCAUCCCUAUAAGGAGAAGGAUUACUAUACGGGCGAAGUGAAAGAGGCCACAUUUAAUACGAUUCGUAGAGUAGCAGCUCCACGUCAUCAGCAGCAAUAUAAUGUUUUCUAGAUUUAUUAGAAGAUUGGUUAUAACCCUUCCCCACCACAUUCCAUAUCAUGUACAUAUGUAUAUACAUAGUGAAGAUUGUAUAAGUAUAUAAUUUAUUGUUAAAAACACCACUACUCCAAAAAAAAAGAGCGAAAAAAUUUAUAUAACGAAAAAUAAAAUAAAAUAUUCAGUA